GGCGCGAGGUGCCCAUGAGAAAGUAGAUGAGGUUCGCGAAGAAGGACGUGUACAGACUGUAGAUGGGCUGCAGCCCUGCCAGGAGCGAGUAGGCGAUGGCCUGCGGCACCAGGAUGAUGCCGAUGACCAGCCCGGACAUGACGUCGCCCGCCAGGGCCUCCCGCGGGCGGUAGUGGCGCAGCCAGCGCGUGGCGGGGAGCAGGUCCUGCGCCAGCGCCCAGGCCCCACGCGUGCUGCAGGCGCAGCCCCGCCACAGCCUGGCUUUAAGCAUCUCGCGCAGGCCCGGGGGCACUGGGGGCCGCCGGCGGACCAGCACCAGCCCCCCGCCCUGCUGCGUGCAGUCGGGGGACACGUCCAUCCUGGGAAGACCUGAAACAGAGGUGGGCAUCCCUGCUGGGGUCAGCGGGCGGCACAGAGACCCAGACUCCCAUGUGGCCAGACCCAGCUCCGCUGCUCCCGGCCCACCUGCCCGUGCCCACGUCCACGCCAGAGGCCCCCCCUCUCCGCCACCCAAGCUGCACCAUGGGCCCUGGGGCUUAGAGGAAGAGCGCCUCCUGGUGCCCCCUGUUGAACCUCGAAGAUAGGGAGACCCCAGAUCUUUGCUCCCGGAGGGGCUGCUCACACAGCAGCACUCGCUCUACCCCCCGGUCCUCGUGGCAGAAUUCCCGGGACGCGCUUUGGGAGGCUGAUCUUAGACGAGGCCAGCCGGGAGGGAAGUGGGGGUGGCUGGCGUCUGUCACCUGCCCCGUCUGUGUCCCACCUGGGACUGUGGGACACACUCCUGGGUUGGGUCUCAGACCACACAGGUGCACCAUGGAGCGCAAGUCUGGGACUGUCCCUUGUGUCCCAAGGGCGCCUCACCUGCUGGGGCCCAGCCCCGUCCUUGACUUCUCACUCGCUGGCCCAGGACACGCGGCCCGCAGUUUCGCUGGGGUGUGGAGGACGGCCUGGCAGGCACAGCCCCCCGUGAGCACUAGGGGGACGUCAUGAGUUGUGUUUCCUUCCUGUGGAGACCUCACCACACAAGGGUCCCCCCCCAGCCCCCCAGGGUCUGGGUGUGUGGCAUGAGGACUGUUGAAAUGGCAUCUGCCUUGUGCCUGAGGGGCCGGAAAGGAAACCCGAGAAUCGUCCUGCCCCUCCCCUUCACCCAGGGAGCCGGCCUCUGCUGUGGCUUUGAGGGCUCCACGGCCCUGCGGCGGGGCCCCGGGAUGAUUCUUACCUGGGGAGCCCCUCACGGGCUGGGUGGGCGGGAGGGUAGCGAGGCCCCUGGCUUGUCAGCGCUCCAAGGCCCGACUCCGCCGGCCGCCCGCACGUCCAGAGCUCUCUGGCUUGUUAGCCGGUGGGGACGUGUGGACGGCGGGUUCUGACGCAGAGCCGGAGCCAGGAGCCAGGCCGCGGCAGGUCUGGCGCCCACCGCGGGCAGCGCUCUGUGGUUACCAUGUGACUGCUUAGCCAAACUGGGUUUGCGGUUCAAUUAUUUACCCCAGAGAUUGCUGAGUCAUGGGUUUCCCCCAGAUGAGCGUCACCUGAGCGGCUAACCCAGGGAGUUGUGCUAUAAUCCCAGCUCACAAGGGGUCAGUGGAGCAAGGCCUGAGCUACAACUUCACCCAUCUGGAUGGGUUCCUGGAUCUUCUCCGAGAGAACCAGCUCCUCCCAGGCUUUGAGCUGAUGGGCAGCCCCUCCAAACGCUUCACCGACUUUGAGGACAAGCAGCAGGUGUUUGAGUGGAAGGAGCUGGUCUCCCUCCUGGCCGGGAGAUACGUUGACAGGUACGGACUCGCCCACGUUUCCAAGUGGAACUUCGAGACGUGGAACGAGCCAGACCACCACGACUUUGACAACGUGUCCAUGACCUUGCAAGGCUUCCUGAACUACUACGACGCCUGCUCCGAAGGCCUGCGAGCCGUCAGCCCCGCUCUGCGCCUGGGCGGCCCUGGGGACUCCUUCCACCCCUGGCCGCGCUCCCCGCUGUGCUGGGGCCUCCUGGGCCACUGUCACAACGGCACCAACUUCUUCACGGGAGAGCUGGGCGUGCGGCUGGACUACAUCUCCCUCCACAAGAAGGGCGCGGGCAGUUCCAUCCACAUCCUGGAGCAGGAGCAGGCGGCCGCGCAACAGAUCCAGCGGCUCUUCCCCAAGUUCGCCGACACCCCCGUUUACAACGACGAAGCUGACCCGCUGGUGGGCUGGUCCCUGCCGCAGCCCUGGAGGGCCGACGUGACCUACGCGGCCCUGGUGGUGAAGGUCAUCGCGCAGCACCAGAACCUGCUGGUGGCCAACACCAGCUCCCCCGUGCGCUACGCGCUCCUGAGCAACGACAACGCCUUCCUGAGUUACCACCCGCACCCCUUCACGCAGCGCACGCUCACGGCGCGCUUCCAGGUCAACAACACCCGCCCGCCGCACGUGCAGCUGCUGCGCAAGCCGGUGCUCACGGCCAUGGCGCUGCUGGCCCUGCUGGACGGCGAGCAGCUCUGGGCCGAGGUGUGGCAGGGCGGGACGCUGCUGGACAGCAACCACACGGUGGGCGUCCUGGCCAGCGCGCACCGCCCGGCCGGCCCCGCUGACGCCUGGCGCGCCACGGUGCUGGUCUACGCGAGCGACGACACGCGCACCCACCCCAACCGCAGCAUCGCCUUGACCCUGCGCCUGCACGGGGUGCCCCCGGGGCCGGGCCUCGUCUACGUCACACUCUACCUGGACAACCGGUUCUGCAGCCCUCACGGCGAGUGGCAGCGCCUCGGCCGGCCGGUCUUCCCCUCGGCAGAGGAGUUCCGGCACAUGCGCGCAGCCGAGGACCCGGUGGCUGCGGCGCCGCGCCCCUUCCCUGCCGGCGGCCGCCUGACGCUUCGGCCGGAGCUCCGACUGCCGUCACUCCUGCUGGUGCACGUGUGCGCACGCCCAGAGAAGCCGCCAGGCCAGGUGACCCAGCUCCGGGCUCUGCCCCUGACCAGUGGGCAGGUGCUCUUGGUCUGGUCAGAUGAGCAUGUGGUCUCCAAGUGCCUGUGGACGUAUGAGGUCCAGUUCUCUGCAGGUGGUGAGGGGUACGCCCCCGUCAGCAGGAAGCCGUCGACCUUUAACCUCUUUGUGUUCAGCCCAGACACAGCUGUCACAUCUGGCUCCUACCGGGUUCGAGCGGUGGACUACUGGGCCCGACCAGGCCCCUUCUCGAACCCUGUGCAGUACGUGGAGGUCCCUGCCCCAUGAGGGCUGCCGCUGCCCAGUGACUGUGAGCUGGAGCUGACCGGUGACCCCGGGCGGCCAGGAGCUGAGGCGGGCCGGACCACCACCGGCCGUCACUUGGCUCUGUUCACCUUGUCCUGUGACUUGCUCGCCUCCUUAAAGUGCCUUUCCGCUCAUCA